AAGCCCGGACCUCAAAACUCCGCGGUAUCACUUACAAGCAGUUUGUCCUUAAACCCUCUCCUCGAAAUUCUGCUAUUGGGAGAGGUAGAAGUAGUUUCUCAUCCGCGAGGCAUUGUCACUGCUCCGAACGUGCGCCAUGAAGAACAAUCGACAUCACAGACAGAAGCGAGUGGGCGACUGGCUGCCCGAUCAUGAAAUCCACCGCGAAUGGCUCGGCGGCGUCAUCAAACAUGUCGACCAGAACCCCAAGGACCUCCACCCGGUCCUGGUCGAGUUCAAGGAGCUGAUCGAAAACAACACACGAGUGUACAUGCUGUUUGAGUCCAUGUUCGAGCAAGUCCCCAACAAGGAGCCUUACAACAAUGACCCGCGCGGCCAGGGCCACCCUGAAGUCCGCGACUACAACCACAUGCUUCGCGUCAUCAACCAUAUAUUGACCACACCGCCGUCGUGGUCCGAGAGCUCCGCUCGCGUGGGCCUGGUCGGUCUUCCAUUCAACGCCCUCUUCGACUGGCCCAUGGGCACAGCUUCGGGAUAUGCGGCGUUUCUCGAUCCGGAUGUGAACAAGAUGUUGAAGAAGGUGCUCAACGCCUGGGGGGAUUAUCUUCGCUCCCCGGAAUCAGCCAAGGUGUUGGAGAAAGACGCCGAAGGAAGCUGGUUCGGUCGACAUGGCCAGCAGGAGCUCACCACGACGGCCAAUUUAGGCAAAACAGAUUACAAGUUCGAGGAGUUGUUCCAGUGCGAUCCAUCAGCGCCUCACAUGGGCUACAAGUCAUGGGAUGACUUCUUCACCCGGCUAUUCAAGGAAGGGGCUCGACCCGUGGCCAGUCCGGAGGACGACAACGUGAUUGCGAACGCGUGCGAGUCCAAGACAUUCAAGGUGGCGCGGCACGUCAAGGCCCGAGACCAUUUCUGGCUGAAGGGACAGCCAUAUUCGGUCAUCGACAUGCUGGCGCAGGAUCCCUGGGCAGAACAGUUUGUGGGGGGCAUCGUGUACCAGGCUUUUCUCAGCGCCUUGAGCUAUCAUCGCUGGCACGCGCCCGUCUCUGGCACAUUGGUCAAGGCAUACGUGGUGGACGGGACGUACUACUCCGAACCGCUGUUUGACGACUUCACAGUCGACCAGGGAGCGGACCCCGUGGGAGAGGUGACCAGCCAGGGAUAUCUGACGGCCACGGCCACGAGGGCAAUCAUGUUCAUUGAAGCGGACAAUCCAGCCAUUGGGCUCAUGGCGUUUAUAGGGGUGGGCAUGUGCGAAGUGUCGACCUGCGAGAUGACGGUCAAGGAAGGGCAGCACGUCAAGAAGGGCGAUGAGAUUGGCAUGUUCCAUUUCGGAGGAUCGACGCAUUGCUUGAUGUUCAGGAAGGGGGUCGACCUUGAGGGGUUUCCGGAGCCACAUCCCGAGCAAAACAUUCCAGUGCGCAGUGAGCUGGCGAGGGUGAAAGUGUAGUUGCUGUGCGGGAGGUUUGACAGAGACUGGCAGGACGCGGGCGCAGGCGGCGCGAGAUCACGUGCCGGCACCACCACAAGCAGGGACUUUAGCAGAGUAUUAAUUAUGUCAUAGGAUGUGGUUUGCCGGUUGCUGCUUUUCUUGCUUCCUUUUUGGGCGUCUAGUCAAUGCGCGGUUUUCGACGUCACUGGGCGCCGGAGGCAGUUAGUUGUCGUGCGUCAUCGAUGCAACUCCGGCCGUGCAUUCCGGCUCAACGAAUACCGUUGGUGCAGAUGGUGCCGGCUGCUUUAUGGCUGCCAGAUUGCU